AUGGCGGGAAGGUUUGCUGGAUCACUUCGACAUCGGACUUAUUGCGAACAUCUGAAAGUAGCCACUGAGUUUAAGCGUUCUGUGUUACAGAGGAAGAGGUGGCUCAACUCUUCUUCUGUAGUAUCAUCUGUAAAACAUAAGAACAAGCGACUGCGAAAUGAUGACAUUCGGACGUUGUGUGAGACAGGAAAUCCUGAAGAAGUUUCCAAGCUAUUCAAUCAACUCCUUGAACUUCCCGUCAAAUAUCGAACAAAUUCUGUUAACUCUGCCUUGUACUGGUUUUCUCAUUACGAUAAGAUCGAGGAAGCACUUGAACUUAAUAAUCUGAUGGAAAAACAUGGAAUUCCCAGAAAUCAUUCAACGUACUCCACUCUUGCAGUCUUGUAUUCCAAGUCUGGACGGCUUGUAAAUGCUAAGGAAUUUUUCGACCAGAUGACAAAGGCUUCUUUAACACCCAGAGCACGCCACUAUGCUCCUUUUGUAGAGGCGGCUGUCAGAAAAGGAGAUCUCAUUGAUGCGUUUAAUUUUGUCAAGGAUAUGCAGUCUGCGGCUAUCCAUGAGAGAGAUACUGACAUUUACACAACACUUAUUCGCGCUUGCAUUGAAAGACAUGACAGGCAUUUGACAAAUCAAGUAUUGGAAGCAUUCCACGACUUCAUGAAGUAUCGAGAUUUGUUAAGUAAUGACACCCUUGAGACAAUUAAAAUAUGGUUUGACAGGUAAGGUGGGAUCUAUGUAGAUGGGUAGUUCUCCAGUGUGGGUCAUUUCAUUUCAUUUUAGACACUGUUAGUUUCAAAAUGAGUCAUUUCGAUGUGAGCUUAAGCAGUUAGAUUGCACAACAAUUUCAGUCACUUAAAGUUUAGUUAGUGCAUGAACAAGAAAAAUGUAUGGUGCGAAUAUUCCAGAUUGACAUGAUUACUGCAACAUCAGAUGGACCUUAGAUUCAAAACCAAGGCCUUCACAUCCUCAUACCGUACAUAUUACAUGACAUUAGUACGCAGAACAAAGCAUCCCAAGAACGUGGACAGAUUUUGGAAAAACCACGCUAUACAGUUUAUAUAGUGCUGCUGACCUCCCCCACCAAGAAUACAUCUGCAGGCUCGCACUUUGCUCGCCUGCAAUAAUGUAUACAUUGUAGUUAAUUUUUUAUCUCAGGUAAUUUUUUUUCUUUUGUUUCAACUUCAUUAGCAUACAUUACCACACCCAGAAACAAAAGAAAAACAGAAAUUACCUGGGAUAAAAAAUUAAUUACAACAUAUACAUGUUACAGGUCAAAAUUAAAGUCAGGUUAAAAUUUUUUAACUUAGGUUGAUUCCCAAUUUCCCUUGUCUCCUAACCCUAAAAUUAGCAAUAGUUAUUGUUACCAUGGACUGGAGUUUCCUGUCAAAGAAAUUACAGUUGAAUAUGGUUGCACCAUAAGGUUUUGCCUAAAGUUAAAACUACAUGAUAUCUUGAUUACAGUCAGCAGGGUUCUUACUGAGUCUUGAAUUCUUGAAAAAGUCUUGAAAUUUGCCCAGCAAUUUUCCAGACCUGGAAAAAAGUCUGGAAAAUGGAGAUAAAGUCUGGAAAAAUGGUAAAAAGUCUUGAUUUUUUUCUUCAGAGCUACAACAAGUGCUUUAGAAGUGUCUUUUAAAUAUUCAUUUUGGUCAAAUCCUAUUCAAUCUUGCCCAUUUAUUGGCAGCACAUCAUGAAAAAAGCUUUUUUCCUGCAUUUUUUAAGGUCUCGUUUGAUCACCUAUUUGAUAACCUCGAGUUUGAGAGUAAAUUGUUUUGGAAAAAGUCUGGAAAAAGUCUUGGAUUUUGGAUCCAAAAAUCUGUACGAACCCUGAGUCAGGGUUAGGAGCAAAAUGAUCAUUAGAAGAGUCUGUGAAUUCUUAUUCUCCUGAUCAUUAACUCCAAAAAGAGUGUGUCUGUCAUUUUCUCUUUUUCAGGCAAAUGUUACCCAUAUGGAAGACUUCAUGGUCAAGUCUUUCAGUCACGUAAGUAAAAUCAUCAAAAUUGUGUCUUGUAGCAGUGCAACAUGAGCUGAGAGUGUGAACAUUAAGUCAUUGGCUGGUAAUAAAGAUAAUCUGUUGUAAUCAUCCAGCCAAUUAUCCCUAGCAGACAUUGGAAGUCAAUAUCUGAGGGUAUGAGAUAAGGAGUUUAUCCUCCAGGUAUUCACCUUCCCUGCAUUCCCCUGGGGAGAAACUAAAUAAAGUUUAAAUAAAGUUUACUUAUAAAAACCCUACCAUGCACAUCAUGACUAACCCAUUGUAAUCAAAAUCUAGAUGUAAAUGUAAAAAUUCCCAGGGUGUACAUACAUGUACAACCCUAGUCUGUAAAGGAAUGCUCUGCACUGACCUCGAAAGAACAUGCCCUUUAACUUGACCAAAAAGGUACCAUUUCAUUUAUAUUCCAUAGGAAAUGGUUUCCCCAUAUUCUAUCUGGAGUAAAUACACUGCAUUCCUUUUUUUUACACUUAUAUGUUGAGUACCCUUGUAAAAUUCUUAAAGUGGAUCAGCUGUUAGAUGCAUCUGUUUACGAUACUUUGAAAGACCUUUCUUAAAUUAUACAUUCUUAAUCCUUUGCCUUUUCUAUAGUCUGCUUGCCGCCUGCCUUUUCUCUUAAAAUCUGUCUAGUUCUCAUCUCAGCCAACACAAUUGCAAAUCAUGACGUUACUUUACAGUAAGGGAUUCGGACGAGACAAGAAAAGAUGGACUGCAGACUCUUUUGUAGUAAACUAUCCAUCAGCCCAGAAAUGGAGUAACUGAUUGGUCAAUUUUACAGCUGUUUACAGAUCAUUGUCUGGUCUGUGGUGAGAUUGCAAGCGAUAAAAAUAGUCAUGCAUCACAACUGACUACAAACAACAACAAACCAAGGGGUAAUUGCUUGUAAACUAAAAUGUUUAAAGAUAUUUUACUGAAGGAAACUCCUGUAAAUUUCCUUAAGGAAAGGAAUACAAGGCCACGUUACCAGAUUUAAAGAAAGUGUGAUUUUUCAGUUGUUUAUGUUCUAUUUAUAAAUCGUUUCAAGUUACUCAGGUUUAGACAUAACAAAAUAGUCAGCAGUCUCCUAUUUUUUCUUCUCGGGAUUACUCCCUCAUUUAUAGAGGCUCAUGUGCUUGGGUUUCGCGUGCAGUAACUUUGCAAAGAAAAAUAAGAGACUGCUCGCAGUUUACCUUGUCUAUGUCUUAACGCAUGGAAUCCCUAACUCUACCUCAGUUCACGUCUUAAAAGGCAGGGUAUCCUUGUGUAGUCCAUUGUUAUUUUUAGUGAUUAUUCACUUGGAGAAAUCCCUCCAGGGCUCAUAACAUGCUGCUGUAAAAUCAAAUGACUGUAUCUUUUCUUCACCAGAAAUCACUGCAAAGCCUGCAAACAAAGCCUUGACACAGGUCAGUUUUCUGUGGCAGAACUGGAAGAUUUGAAACAACCACUUGCUGACCUCUUGUGGGAGUAUCACAACCUCAAGGCUCUUCCUCCUGUUAAGUGUUUUACUUCUUCUGGAGUUUAUGUUGAUAAUGUUCAACCAGGAAAAAGGAAUAAAUUUCCUCAGAGUAUUGAACAAUUUAUGCAGGCCAGUGGACCAUACGAUGUUAUUAUAGAUGGACUCAAUAUUGGGUAUUUCACAUCUGGGUUCUUUGAUCCUAGGAAGAUGAAUAAUUUUGCAAAAUUUCUUGCUUCACUCAGUGUCGUGUUUUCCCCAUGUUUGUUUUGCACUUGGCCCUCUGCUUUCACAUUUUACCAGUAACUUGUGAAAAAGUCUGACUUAAUAAUGGGAAUUAGACCCUUUCAGCUUGUAUGUUUUGUUUCCUAAUUCAGACCAUGUGAUGUUCUUAAUGGACGUUGUUUUGUCCUCUCAUAAAUUAUGCACACAUACCAUGUAUUGUUUUGAUAGGUUCAGAAAGCAUUCGCAUAAUUUGUUCUCAAUUUCAUUGACAAUAUUACAAACAGCUUUUCAACAAUCUCAUGUACAACGUUAGUCAGUUUACCAUGUUUCUUACCAGUAGCACAUAUCCUCUCGGGACUAUAUCAUAUUUUUAUUACUUGAUGAAACACAGCUCUAAGGGCAAACUGUCUUCAUUCUUUAGCUGAACAAACUCACAAAAAUAACAACUAACUUCCCCCAUAUUUUCUAAUAUCUUUCUGUGUAUGUUGCAGUUAAUUUAUUAGUUUAAUUAAAUUUUGUUUUUUCUGUGUUUUAAAUUCAUUAGUGUACAUUACCAUACCCCUAUAAAAUGGAAAAAUAAAAAUUAACUGAAAUAAAAAAAAUAAUUAUUAACUUCAACAUGUACAGGCAGGUUCAUGGUUAUAACACAUGUAACUCAAGUCGCUUCUACAUCAGGGCCGUAGCUAGCAAGUGGCAAUUACAAGUGUUAUAACAAAAUAUGCAAAUUAGGAUUUCAUAUUUCUGUAUUUAUAGGUGGAAAAUGUAGUAUUACAUUUCUUAAGGCAAAACAAGCGAGUUUUGGUGGUAGGUUCUAGUCCAAUAAGAAUGGAUUUCCAAAACAGAAGAAAAACAGAUGUUGGACAAAUACCCUUAGAAGGCCUGAUCAGUUUACUGUGUGCUCAUGAACACUGUGGGGUAUUUUGUCUAAAAGAAAGGUAAUUCAGGAUUUUUUUUUUCUUCCAUAAAAAUGACCUUUUGGUUCCUGUGUGGGAAAUUGUGUCUUUAUCACAUCUUAAUUUAAUGAGGAAUAUAACUUGAGCCUGUAGUCAGCCUGGUGAAGGGGCCCAAAUCACCCAAGAGCAUAUACAGGUGAUUAGCUAGUAGCUGUUACAACACAGUAAACAUGACUUUCAUCUCUGCAUGUAUGCCUUGAUGAUGAGAGGACAAAAUGGUCUUCAAACAAUUUUUCUAACUAAAAUAUAAAUUGGAAACAGUACAGUGGAAGAAGCCAAGAAAACGAAAUGUUAUAAAACACCAAAAUGUAAACUAUUUGUCCAAGUUUCAAGUCUUUGUGGCCCACAGUUUCUGAGUUAUUUGCCAAAACGUUUCAUGCACCUUCGUAGAGCUUUGUAUGGAUAAGCCAUAUUGGUGUACCAUUUUGGUCCACCAAUAUGGCUGCCAGAAAUCUACAAAAACAUCUGGAGUCCACUUUUUCUAUAAAAGCUCUUUCUUUUCACUCGAGAACUAGCAUACGUGCGCAUAAACAUAUCUUCUGGUGAUACUUGAAAUAGUUAUACUGCUGAAAAUCAAGAGAAGAGACUUUUUUCAACGAGACAGCAUUCCUAUUUUGGUGUCACACACUGUAAAGACUCGGAAGUUCAAAUUGUUUUAUUUUUGCAAUGAAAUGUGCCAUGGGAAUGGAAACUUGUACAAAGAUUUAUUUUUUGUUCAUCUUCAAGCUAGUGUAAAUAAGAAUUCGUAAAACUUCGUGGUUUUGACUUUACAAUUUGAUAACGUCACUGGAAAACCAUCUAUAGCUUGGGAACAACCCCAUACCAAUUUGAGGACACAAAUUAUUUUAUAAUUAAUUAAUUGGAAUAACCUAUACAAUAUAAAAGUAAAAAAAUGUAAACUACACAUAAUAUAUUAUACUCUAUGAUAAUCUAAAAUAACCGAGAGAGAAUUGUAAAAUUAAAUGGUCAUGAUGUGCAGAGAGGAUGGCUCUUACAUCCAUCACCUAUCAUUGAGCUUAUAUUAUUUUUAAGAAUUCUGCUUUUAAAGAUGUUCACAGUUUUUGCUGAUGUUAAAUCAGGUGGUAAUUUUUACCAUAACCUAGGCCCAAGGGUUAGUAUUUAGCCAACCAAGACUAAAGAUUGUUCAUUGUUCACUUUAUUCAUUUUAUAACAUUUUGUUUCCAUGCAACGGUUGCUAAGAUGUUUUUUUUGUAAGAAAUGCCCCUUUUUAAAGAAGAUCGAACAGACCAAGUCACUGGCCCCUACAAUUUGUAGAUCCCAAUGUCAAAUAAUCUAUGGGUAUUUGGCUAUCUGAAUCUGUUAUCAAACCUUUUGUGUGGUGGGGGUGCUACGAUGUUGUAUUUUUUCUGGCCUGUACUCCUCGACAAGAUGCAAAGAUAAAUCAUGAAAUAACAAGAAAACACUGUGAUCCUGAGGUUGUAUGUCAAGUUUGGAAACUCCAUGGAAAGGUGAUCCUGUUGUAAGAGAGGGGAAGAGUUAAAAUUUGUUAAUGAAGUAUAUAUAAGGAAGCUCUUUUUGGUUUAUUUGGCUGCUAUUAUGAGAACAAAAGGAACUUUAUUGGUUUACAUGUUACAAGCUAGCCAAUGAAUUUGUUAUGUUCAUUAGCAAUGAACUAAUAAUAAUUGUGAGGGAAUGUGAUUCAUGAUUCAUUUGUUUUUCCAGUUCAAUAGAUGAUGUGUACUUUCUGAGUGCAGCCGUCCACUGUGGACCAGGAACUCUUCUGGUGUCCCGUGACAUGUUUGGCAAUCACAUAAGUAGAAUGGAUCUGUGGAUGAAAAUUCAAUUUAGGAGAUGGCAAAGACUUCACCAAAUGGUUCCUGAGAGGUUCAUAGGCGACAACCCAGUAUUUUUUGUAUGUACUAAUUGUUUACUGUUUGAUUUUGACAAAAGCCGACCAUCUUUUUCAAAAAAAUAUACAGUACUAAAAGUUUUCAUUCCAAGUUAGGUAAUAUGUAAUUCACUGAGACAUUCAAGCUGUCACAAAGCUUAUACUAUAUAGGUUCAUGGCACCACCAUCGCCAUGGUACAUUAGUUGUGGCCUUUAAUGUCAGACAUUUAGUUGUGGUGGUUACUAAUCCUGAAUAUAUCUGUUACAGGUCAAAAUCAUGUUGAGGUUAAAUUUUUUAAACCUAGGUUGACUCUCUAUUUCCUGUCUCCUAGCCCUAAUACCUGAAGAAUAGUUAGGUCUAGGAAAAAAAGGAAAUUUCAAAUCAACCUAGGUUAAAAAGUUUUAACUUGAAUUUAACGUUGACCUUUAGACCUGCAAUAAAACCAAGAUAUCAGUAAUAUCAAGCAGGUAUUUGGUUAUUCUAAAAACUCAUCUAAGUAAACAGAAGUGGAAUCCAGUAAUCUUAAUUGUGUCAAAAUAUGUGCAAGUCACACAUAUUUGUUUGUUUGUUUUUUUUUUCAUCUCAUGUUUUCAGAACAAGAUUCCUUUUGACCAUGCUGUUCAAACUACAGGGGACAGCUGGCACUUUCCCGCCAAGGAUGGAAAACAAUGGCUAUGCGUUAGAAAAGAAGAAACUUUUUCUGUUCUUCCUUAA